AUGUCAACUUCACAGCACCACACCGGUGCUGGACCCAGCAGUCCCGCGGCUGGAACUUCACCUCUGGUGGAAGACCCCGUUCGCGAAGAAGAGGAGGAGAAUGCGCUCGGACAAGCGCCAAGCACCGCUCAGCAUUCCGAGCUACCUGCUUCUUCACCAAAAAAGCGAGGUCCCACCGUCUCUUUCCAGGACCCAGAUACCAGCUUAGACGUAGAGCCUAGCUCGUCGGGUGAUGCGGACGACACUGCCCCCAAUCAGCGAAUCCCAGCAGCCGGUCUCGGCACCCGCACACAACCCCGUCGCGCUCCACGCUCCAGCUCUUCGCUCCGUCAUGUCACCACGACACGCGCACGCACCGUAGGGUUUUCGCAACCCUUGCCCGAGGAUCGCGACCUCUCCACCGAUUCCAAUUACUCUGAUGAUCCGACCACCAGCCUCGUUGCGCGUCAGGUCAACGUCGAGAAGCGCAGAGCAGAACGCCAACGCCAACAGGAUGCAGCCCUCCUCGCCGACCUGGAUGACGAUGACGAUGAGGACGACAGCGAUUACCAUGCCGGCAGCGCAGACGAGGCCGUGGCAGCUCGUAGGAUGCGCAAUGCCCAGGCCGCGAGAGCAGCAGACGAAUACGACUACUUUUCUCGCAGCGGUUCCACGUACGACAAGGGCAAAGCAAAGGCCUCCAUACCUCCCCCAGCCAACGGCAGCGCACUCAACUGGUCCAGUGCCAGCGCCAGUGAUGAUAGCGACGAUUGGGAUGGCCAGAGCCAUUCCUUACUGGCCUCUGGUGCUCCCAACGCAAACCGCGCGCUCGCACCACCCCUUGAAGCAAUGGCGUCCCCCAUCGACAACCUCGCCAGCGUCACCGCAACGCCCGGCCCCAGCUUUCCACUCGAUCUGCACACUCCAGCCGAUCUCGGCGAACACGAGACGCCAAUCCUCAACCCACAGCAUCGCAUGGAAUGGCAGAGCAUGCUCGAGUCCGUGCUCAACUCGGAAGUGCUCAAGUCCGAAACAAAGCGUAUCAAUUCGGUCGACACGCCGGAUCUUUCGCGACAACAGUUGAGCUACCAGCGCUGGCUCGACAUCAAAGCUACGCUUCGCGGCCGCGGCAUGCAACGUCGAGCCACCGAAGAAGAAGAGAAACGCCUCAAGGAAGGCUUUGGCAAGAUGCUCAGGGACCUGGUUCAAGAAAUUCGCGGCUGUCGGGCCGAGCACGUCGCCCUCGCAGAAAGUCGAGCUUCUCGCACUCCCUCCGCUUCUUCCAAUGCCGCUUCGCAUCCGGCACAUGGCAGCAGCAGCAGCGAAGCCGAAUCUUCUGUCAAAGAAAGUGCGAGCGACACCGAUCCAUCCAAGUCCGAGUUCGCCGAAUCAGAGGCAGAGACCGCAGCAUCUACAGAAAAGGACAAGGUGCUCAACGAAAUUGGCGACCUGCUCAGUCGCAUCGACGGUGCCGAGGAACAGUUCCCUUCCACCAAACGCGCAAUCGAAAUUGUUCCGGAAUGGGGGGAUGCCGAGGUGCAAGCCAAGCUCGGUGCCAUCUACAGCUGGUACAAUACGACCACGUCGCUGCGUCUUCAGAUUGACAUCCUUCGCAAGUGGACCGGCUCCGACACCCUUGAGAUCGCUGCACACAAUGCCAAAGAGUACAACGACCAGCACCAACGGAGCCAGGCGCAUGAUAAGGAUCAGCGCGAGGCAAAGCGCUCCGGCAGAGGAGCCGCCGCCGAUGACGACAGCACGUUCGUAGAAAGAAUUCAAAAGGAAGGCUCUCUUCAGUCCACGUUUGAGAAGCGCACUCUCGCCAGCCUCUACCAGCUCAUCACCAAGUCCAAAGAGACCAUUCUCAAGUAUCACGUCGAGUUUGAGCGCAUGGCGCUGCCAUCGUUUGAACCGGAACUCGUCACGCUCAUCAACUUCCCCACACGCCUCAUGCAGGGUGCGCUGCGACUUCGACUGGACUACGCGGGCAAACUUGCCGAACCCAGUGUGCUCAUCGUCGAUUCGCUCACCGACGAUCUGCGAACGGCGCUCGCUAUGGCGUGCAGAGUCAAGCUCCACUAUACCAGCAUCAUCGUCGCCGACCCCGAGCGUGGCUGGGAUCUGGCGCCAUGCAUCGCUGAUGGAUAUGACGAUGUGCUGCGCAGCGCGCUCAAGUUCUUCUUCAAGCUGUUGCGCCUCAAACUCAAGGCCAGCGUCUAUUUCAAGGAGACCGAGAUUCUGGAACCCGAAUGGCGCUUUCUCAGCACCGCCGUCGAGUCGAUCGAGGGAGGAGACAUUAUCGUGGCCACCAACAUCACUCGCUUUGUCAACAAGCUCUUCGACCGCAUCGCGCGCUAUUUUAACAGAGAGCUCACGGCUACCAUGACGCGGCACGACCAACACGGACGACGGCUGCCAAAUCCAACGUCAGGUCCUGUCGGCCUUGCAAAGACGGACUCGGCGCCUGCAGCUGGACGAGGCGCGCAUGGAAAGAGCCUCAUCACGCUCGAAGAUCGCGCGAAGUGGAUCCACAGCGUCUUCGACAAUGUGCGCAUCCGCUCCCGUAAGCUGCUCGGUUUUGCCCGAGACAUCCGUAAUCGCCUCGACAAUGCCGCAGAGUACGAUCUGGGCACGCUUCGUCCGUCGAGUGAUUACCAAGAAGCCGACGACCGCUCGAUGGGAGACUUGAGCGAUGCAAACAACGCCGGCAGUGCCAUGACGCUCAGCUCGUUCAUGCUCACCCUCAUCGAUCACGACUACUUUUUGGUGUACACGGAAGCACUCGAGGAAAAUGGCAUCUACCUCGUCGCCGAGCCUAGCCUGCAGGACAGGCCGGACUUGAUCCAGGAGCUUGUCUGCAAGUGUCUGCAUCGCGUUCGACCGGGAGAAGAGGACUCGGCAAUGGCGGCAGAGGCCACAGCCCACGUACUCAAUGCUGAUGGCGAUGAGGGCGACGACCCAAGCACCGCAGCUGGUGUUAGCAAUGCCAACGCGCUGCGGGAGCAGAUCGAGAAGCAGCAUGGCGCAAACAGCGCAGCGGCGGGCGGCAAUGCUGCCACUGGUGGCCACGACGAAGCAGACGACCGCCCUCGCUACAUUCUGCUACUAAGUCCGCGUGACCCGUUCAUGUGGACCGGCAAGGUGAUGCACCACAUCAUGCCACGCGUCGACAUUGCGCUUGCAGAUCGCCGUGUCCGACUUAUUGCCGACGGCCCCAAAGGACGCCUCGAGUUGGCCAAACGGCAUUUCCAAAGCAUCUUUGCCCACAGCGGCAACGGCGCAGAUGUCGAUGACGGAAGUGAAGAUGGCCAGGGCGCCUUCCCGCUCGAGACUCUCUACGAUCACAUGGCACACAUGAGUCGCGUGCAGUCGGGACUCGAGGACAUCAACAAGGGUGUCUACAUGCUCUCCGAUACCAUUAUCCGUAAGGUGCCUGAAAUUCGUCGACGUCUUCGCGGACUUGGCGUGCGCACGCGUGCAAAGACCGGCACGCCCCGAUCGACAACGACCGAGAUACCGGUUGGCGUGCUCAGUGGCAGCUGUGACGAACUCAUCCAGAACUGCUACUCGAUGGCGGCGGAACAAGGACGUCGUGCACUUCCAUUCAUCGAAUCGGCCCGUCUGAGGGAUCAGAUGACGCUCGCGCUGGGUCGCCUUGCCAUCGACUGGAUUGCCUUUAUCUGCGACGACUGCGUGCCCAGCGAGCGCAAGACAUUCAAGUGGGCUGUUACAGCACUCGGUAACGCCAACCACAUCACAUCGACCGAGAACAUCUUUCGUCUCAACGAGCAAGACUUCGCCCUGCUUCGUUCCAAGGUCGCUUCGUGCAUGGCAUUGUUGAUCUCGCACUUUGACAUUCUCGGUGCCAGGAGCAGUGUGGCCAAGGCGCAGGAGGAGCAAGAGCGACUGGAGCGCGAGAAGGUCGAGCGUCAUCGCAUCACUGCUGGCGGUGCCGAUGCAGUGCAGAACCUUUCGGAGGACUUCCAGCAGCUGCGCGUGCAGAGCAACGGCGAAGCGGCCUCGCUUGGAAAGUCGACCUCGAUCGGACCGGGUAUCGGCGCGCAAAAAUUGUUCAACAAGCUGGAUGCUGCCAUGCAGGCCACCGAGGAGCGGUGGAUCUCCAAAGUGCUCGAGUGGGACGCUGCAAGGAAUGACUUGGAUGCGGAGCAGCGUCUCAUUGGACGAGUGCUCGAUGAUACGCGCUUGGAGGAUCGCAGCCUGCAGUUCCUGGCACAGUCGGCGUCCAAGAUCACGAUCCGGUGGCAGCAGGGCCAGUUUAUCGGUGGAGGCACCUUUGGUACCGUGUACCUGGCCGUCAACCUCGACAGCGGUGGUCUUAUGGCUGUCAAAGAGAUCCGCUUCCAGGACAUCUCAUCGACGCCGAGUCUGUACCAGCAGAUCAAGGACGAGAUGGAGGUGAUGAGCAUGCUGAGCCAUCCGAACAUUGUCGAGUACUACGGCAUCGAGGUGCAUCGCGAUAGGGUGUACAUCUUCGAGGAGUACUGUCAGGGUGGAUCGCUUGCGGCGCUGCUCGAGCAUGGCAGGAUCGAGGACGAGACGGUGAUCCAGGUGUACACGCUGCAGAUGCUCGAGGGUCUGAUCUACUUGCAUUCGCAGGGGAUCAUUCAUCGCGACAUCAAGCCGGACAACAUUCUGCUCGACCACAUGGGCGUGCUCAAGUACGUCGAUUUCGGCGCGGCCAAGAUUCUUGCGAAAAACAGCAGGACGAUUCAGCGUUCGCGCAAGACGGGCGGGCUCGGCAACAUCGGUAUGAUGGCACAGGGCGCCGAAGGUGGCAAGCAGGGUGGGCCCGCGGGUGCGAUGGCGAGUCUGCAGGGUACGCCGAUGUACAUGUCGCCCGAAGUGAUCAAGGGCACUGCGGACGUGCCGCAGUCAGCGGCGGACAUCUGGAGUCUGGGCUGCGUCGUCCUCGAGUUCGCAACGGGCAAACGACCCUGGAGCAACUUUGACAACGAAUGGGCGAUCAUGUUCCACAUCGGCAUGGCGGAGCAGCAUCCCGCGCUACCGGACCCGAGCCAGCUCUCGCCCAUGGGCAUCGAGUUCAUCCGGCAGUGUCUGACGAUCAAUCCGCGCCAACGACCGACAGCCGUGCAGCUGAAGGAAGAUCCGUGGAUGCGCAGCUUGAUUGAAGAGCUGGACGCAGCAAACGAGGCGGAGGCUGCGGCCGAGUUGGCGGGGGGAGUGGUGGGGGUGGGUGAUGGGUACGAUGAUGUGGCGAGCACGUCAAGUGGUUCGAGUGUAAGUGGCUCGGAGGGAAACACGGGUGCGGGCGCGCAGACGCCGGCGCUGUUUAAGAGCCUGGACCGGAACGUUUCGUCGCUCAACAGUACGAGGAGCCGGUGGAGCAACAGCGACACGGGUGCGAGCGGUGGCACGGGCAUCACCACGCCGUACAAUCCGAGCAUGAGCUUGAAGGCCAGUCUUGGGUUUCGACAGCAGCAGCAGCUGAAGCAGUUGCGCGAGCAGCAGGAACCCGCAACGGGCUCGCCAGAACAGGAGCAGGAGAUGCAAGUGGAUCAGUCUGGUGACGAUGAUGCUCAGAGUGGCAGACCGAAGCACGUUCCAGGGCAUCCGAACCACGCGCAUCCGGGCUCGGAGGCGAUCUUUGCCGACCUGCAGUAUUCAAAGGAGGAGGCUCAGCGUGCCGCCAUGUUGAGACACGAUUCGUCGCUCAGCACGUUGCCGGAUGAGUCGUGA